UGGGGUCUGUUUAACAUAUUUUGAAACUACAAGGGUGUCUCUAAAAUGGCCUCUUCCAUCUGUGCAGCCUCAAACCAAAUUAACAUGUAGUGCUUUCCGUUCUCCCAUUCACUCAUUGCGACGCGUUCCCCAAAGAAAAGGAAAGGGAGGGAAGACAUUGAAAAUGCUAUGCGCAGCGAAAUUCCAUCUAUCAUUUGAUUCUGCAAUCAAGGCGAAGAAUAAUCACAGCUUUUCCAGCGUCGUUCGUCGGCAGCGGUUUGAUCUCCGGCUGCCGGCUCGACACCUUCCGUCCUUGAGCGUAAGGUCCGUGUCCCCUUCAGCUGCGUCUGAUCCGUCGGAUUCGUUGCCGUCAUCUGAAUGUUACACGUCGUCCGUCGGGUUUUCUCCUUCCCUUCCGCUUUCGCAGUGGAACCUCACACAACGCCACAACCUCGCCCUCAACGUCACUGUUUCCCUGGCAGCGGUUUCAGCAACCUGUCUGUUCUUAUCUGCAAUCCCUGCACUUCUGGCUUUUAAGAGAGCAGCAGAGUCGCUUGAGAAAUUGAUGGAUGUCACUAGGGAGGAGCUUCCUGGUACAAUGGCUGCUAUUCGAUUAUCUGGCAUGGAGAUUAGUGAUCUGACCAUGGAGCUCAGUGAUUUUGGCCAAGACAUAACACAAGGUGUUAGAAGCUCCACUCGAGCUGUUCGCGUAGCUGAGGAGAGGUUGCGUCAACUGACAAACAUGGCUCCAUCAGCUUUGGCGCAGGUAAUACCGAAUCCGAAAAUUGACACACAAGGACCAUCAUUGGCUAGGACCGCAAGGGGCAUGAGGGAAGGAAUUGUGAAGGCCCGUGCUUUCUUCCAAAUCUUUUUCACCCUAACUCGAUUUUCCAGAAUGGCCUUUAACUAUUUCUCCAAGCAAAGAGCAAAGCGUUUGUCAAAAAAAUGUUAAAUCUUCAUGGUGAGCAACAUUGAAAUUAACUAUGUAUGUAUCUCCUUUUCUAAAAUUUGUCUUUAGUUCAUUUUCUUUAAUGUUCUCGAGAGAUGCCACAUAAAUGAUGAUUUUGUUCCUUGUAAGGACUUUUCGUCAAGGCACAGUAGUUAGUGGGGAUUCGGAUAUUUUGAAAUUCCUUAGAUUUGUUUUGAGAUUUGGUUAGAGAAGUUGUAGUAGGCUGCUCAGAAUCUCUCUCUGAUCCCAAUUGAUGUAGUUUUUAACGUUGUGUGGAAUUUAUAUUUUUUUUAAGCUUUUGGUGCAUUAAUAAAUGAAUUUUGAGCCUCA